GCUGCCGGAAAGGGCCAUGAGGCCGUGGUGGAGCUCCUUAUUAAGGACGUCCGGGUGAACAGCAAUUUGCCCGACUAUGCUGGUUGGACGCCGCUACUGGGGGGGUUAAAGAGGCAUCAUGGGAUAGUUGUGAGGCAACUUCUCGCUGGUUGA